GCCGACAGGUAACCACUUCUGCUUGUUGGAUUUAAGGAAUAGAAUGUCACAUUCAUCAGUGGAGAGUUGGGUGGACGGAUUGAACGGGAGAUGGACGCCGUUACUGUUUCUUGUGUUGGGUGUGUUUUCCUUCAUAGGACAGUUGUACGUGGGGCCUGUGGCGUGCAAUUUUCCUCCAGAAUUUACAGAAUCUAACGUCAAGUAUGGUAUAUCCAGAUGUUUUACUACGACCGAUCUUGCUGUCCCGCCUUUUGAACCCAUUUUCAGAGGUCCAUUGGUUUUCAGCAAGAUAAAAGAUCAAAAAUAUGUUGUGCGGACUUUAUAUCACGUUCCGUUACUUCUGAUAAUGCAAGCCAUUUUCCUACGAAUUCCAUAUGUUCUGUGGAAACUAGGAGAGAAAAAAAUAGGUAUUCACUUUUCUGUAAAGUCUGGGAACACGAAUGACAACACCAGACCAAUCGGGAAAAGUCUUGCUAUGUACCUGGAGCAAUGGAUUAAAGACAGAAAAAUCAACAUCCUAUCCAUUGGGGCAUUUACAAUGUUCCAUUUGUUCGUGAAACUGCUUUAUUUUGUAAAUGUCUCAACUCAUCUAGGGCUGUUAGAUCAUUUCUUAAAAGAAGAAAAGCAGAUAAGUUUUGGUUCUCAGGUGCUCGGAAAUAUACGAGAAAACGAUGCAAGUUUCUUCCAAACGUCUCUGGUUUUUCCUAGAGAAAUAAUGUGCACCUAUGAGAUACUUCGUCUAGCCAAUCUCAGAAGAUACACAGUACAAUGUAUCCUGCCAUUUAAUCCGUAUCUGGAACAGAUCAUGGCUGUUGUCUGGUGGUGGUUGAUCUUCCUUGUGGCUGCAACUGUAGCAGAUGGUCUCAUUUGCUUUUUUGGAGCUGUCCUGCCGUGUUUCAGGGUAUGGUUCGUAAAGUCCAAUUUAUUGCGUGCUGAACUGGGAAAUUUGAACCAAACAUUGACAGAACAGAACAUCAGCAGAUUCUCCAACAACAAGUUAGGAGAGGACGUCAUCGUAUUUCUAAAGCACAUUCAAGACCAAGAACACGGAUGUAUGGUCAUGGAAACCAUUACAGAAUUAUGGAGGUUAUCCCACAGCGGCAGCGUGCAAUCAUCCCCAGUGGGCGUUUCCUCCCCUCCACAUCUUGGAGGGACAAUCGAGGUGUCCAAUCCAUCAGCCCCACCGUAUGGUCAACAUGGUGAAUACCAGCGUGAACCUUGGAAUAAUGAUGGUCAAGGUCACCAGCAUCCAUCCAGUCUGUAUCCAUCGUUCCAGAGUAGCACUUAAUUUGUGAAGAUUAGUUCUACAAAAAUAACACUUUGACCGUCUUGAUAUGACAUGGUGAUUUUGCUUUGAUUUAUCAGUAUAUUCACUACUGUUAUCUUUUGUAUUUGUUAUAUAUAUU